AACCCAGACCAAACUAAACCAAACCAAACCAAAUCAAAUCAAGAACCACGUUUAUUCCAUUCAUAUCAUUCUCUCUCCGUCUACGGUGACCCCUUUCUCUCUCACCUCUCUCUCAAGUCUCAAGGGGUCAUCACCCCCCUAUCUCUCUCUUUCAGAUCAUCAUGUCGGAGAUGGCAAACACAGAUCCCGAGGGGGUCGACGGAGUCCGCAUGACGUGGAACCUAUGGCCACGCACGAAGGUGGACGCCAGCAAGUGCGUGAUCCCACUCGCCGCCACAAUCUCCCCAAUCCGGCCACACCCUGACAUUCCCACCCUCCCUUACGCCCCACUCCGAUGCAAAACCUGCUCCUCCGCCCUCAACCCCUUCUCCCGCGUCGACUUCACCGCCAAGAUCUGGAUCUGCCCCUUCUGCUUCCAGCGCAACCAUUUCCCCCCUCACUACUCCCAAAUCUCAGAGACUAACCUCCCCGGCGAGCUCUACCCACAAUACACCACCAUCCAGUACACCCUCCCUAACCACCCCUCUGCCAACCCUAAUUUCGAUCCUAACCUUCAACCUCAUUCUCCUCCUUCCCCCGUCUUCCUCUUCGUUCUCGACACCUGCAUGAUCGAAGAGGAGAUCGAAUUCGUCAAAUCCGCUCUUCGUCGGGCGAUCGGUCUUCUCCCCGACAAUGCUCUUGUUGGCCUUAUUUCUUAUGGGACUCAGGUUCAGGUCCACGAAUUGGGCUUCGCUGAGAUGUCUAAGGUUUAUGUCUUUAGAGGGAGCAAGGAGAUUUCCAAAGAUCAGAUUAUGGAGCAGCUGGGACUUGGCGGUGCCGCCAGGAGAACCGCCGGAGGGUACCAGAAGGGUAUUUCUGCUGGUGGGUUCGCUGCUUCGGGUGUGACUCGGUUCUUGCUGCCUGCUUCUGAUUGCGAAUACACACUCAAUUCCCUGUUGGAUGAGUUGCAGACCGAUCAGUGGCCUGUUCCGCCAGGAAGCCGUGCUGCUAGGUGCACCGGAGUGGCUUUGAGCGUUGCGGCAGGGUUGCUUGCUGCUUGUAAUCCUGGGACUGGUGCUAGAAUCAUAGCUUUGGUUGGGGGGCCUUGCACGGAAGGGCCAGGCACGAUUGUGUCAAAAGAUCUAUCUGAUCCGGUGCGUUCUCAUAAAGAUCUUGACAAAGAUGCUGCACCAUACUUCAAGAAAGCAGUCAAAUAUUACGAGGGUCUUGCAAAGCAGCUGGUUAGCCAGGGACACGUUUUAGAUCUUUUUGCAUCAGCACUUGAUCAGGUUGGAGUUGCAGAAAUGAAAGUUGUAGUUGAAAGAACUGGUGGCCUUGUUGUCUUGUCUGAAAGCUUUGGCCACUCUGUCUUCAAGGACUCUUUUAAGCGCAUUUUUGAGGAAGGGGAGCAAUCUCUUGGUCUUUGUUUCAAUGGAACACUUGAGAUAAAUUGCUCCAAGGAAAUCAAAAUCCAGGGAAUAAUUGGACCUUGCACAUCAUUGGAAAAGAAAGGGCCUUCUGUUGCUGAUACUGUGAUAGGAGAGGGGAAUACAACAGCUUGGAAAAUGUGCGGCCUUGACAAGAGUACUUGCCUGACUGUGCUGUUUGAUCUUUCAUCAGGUGAUCGUUCAAAUAAUCCAGGUGGUGCCUACCCACAGUUGUACUUGCAGUUCCUUACAAGUUACCAAAGUCCAGAUGGUCAAUUGGUCCUUCGUGUCACAACAGUAACUAGAAGAUGGGUAGAUGUAGCUGUUGGCUCUGAGGAAUUGAUUCAAGGAUUUGACCAAGAAACUGCCGCAGUGGUAAUGGCUAGAAUUGCUUCUCUGAAAAUGGAGACAGAGGAUGCGUUUGAUGCCACACGGUGGUUGGACAGACUGCUCAUUCGUCUCUGUUCUAAAUUUGGUGACUACCGCAAGGAUGACCCAUCUUCUUUCACAUUAAACCCAUCAUUUUCUUUGUUCCCACAGUUUAUGUUCAAUUUGCGAAGGUCGCAGUUUGUACAGGUUUUUAAUAACAGUCCCGAUGAAACUGCAUACUUCCGCAUGUUGUUAAACAGGGAAAAUAUUACCAAUGCUGCUGUCAUGAUUCAGCCAUCUUUGAUAUCAUAUUCAUUUAAUUCGUUGCCUACACCGGCAUUGUUAGACGUAGCUUCUAUUGCUGCGGACCGGAUUCUGUUGCUUGAUUCAUAUUUUAGUGUGGUUGUUUUUCAUGGAAUGACAAUAGCUCAAUGGCGCAACUUGGGAUACCAGGACCGGCCAGAACACCAGGCUUUUGCGCAACUAUUACAAGCUCCACAAGACGAUGCCCAAAUUAUUAUUAGAGAUCGUUUCCCUGUUCCUAGAUUGGUAGUGUGUGAUCAACAUGGUUCCCAGGCUAGAUUCUUAUUAGCAAAGCUGAAUCCUUCAGCAACGUAUAAUAAUGCAAAUGAGAUGGCUGCUGGUUCGGAUGUAAUCUUCACAGACGAUGUGAGUCUUCAAGUUUUCUUUGAGCAUCUGCAGAGGCUGGCUGUCCAAUCCUGAUAAUAGUGACUGACACAGAUUGUGGGUUUUGAACUUGCGUUUGGAAAUUUCACCAAUGAUGUGUUCUCCAUUUUGCUGUUCCAUUCGGUUAUUUUCCUUUCUUUUCUUUUAGUAAAGGAAAGCAGGCCAUAGUCCGUACCAAUUGAAGAAUAAGGGAAGUUAUCAAACGUGAUUCUUUAGGCUCUGGUCUGAUUUUGUUCAUGGACAAAAUAAGGUUCCAGCUCUGGAAAGUAUGUUGAGUUUGGGUGUUGCGGAAAGAAAGGAUAAUGAGAAUGUAAGUUAAAGAGGUAGUUACUUUUGCAACAGCAGCAAAAGCAAUUGAGGGAGAUAGUUUUAUCACAUUUAUUUUCCUAUUUGUUUUGGCCCAGAUAUGGAUUUUGGGUUCCUUUUUUGGAUUAAUUUAUAUAGCUCUUUUAUGUUGUCCUUAGGUCGCAAGGUAAUGGAAGUCAUUUUGUCAUGUUGGAGUUUGGUUUGGUACCCUAUUUACAAUCUUGUAUUGUAUAUGAUGUUAGCCUUAUAGCACCCAACAUAUCUUGGUGAAAUGAAAAAUACUUUUUGGUGGUCA